CAGUGCGCAGCGCGCCCACACCGCCGGGCGCCAAUACAUAAAUGCCCGUAGUUCCGCGACUCGUCAGGCAGUCAUCCAGCAGAGCUUACUGAGAGCAACCACCACUCCACUCCACUCAACACCAUCACCAUGCCAGGCCCUUGCUGCAACGACAAGUGUGUGUGCCAGGAGGGAGGAUGCAAGGCGGGGUGCCAGUGCACCGCCUGCCGCUGCUCUCCCUGCACCAAGUGCUCGUCCGGGUGCAAGUGUGCCAACAAGGAGGAAUGCAGCAAGACCUGCACUAAGCCUUGCUCCUGCUGUCCAAAAUAGACCGACCUAUAUCACCGACCAUCGCCCAUCAUUCCCCGCCGUCACGCCCACACGCAUCCUUGGUCUUUGAGCCACACACUGCUACCCUUCAAGACCUCUACCCUGGCCAGUCAUCACUAAAUCAAACAUCCACCAUGUUCCCAAGAUCCACGUGGGGAAAGGAGCGGGUUGGAUGCGGGUGGAUGGUGAAGACGUGAUUCAUCAUUCAUAAUUACUCACCAUUUGUGUCGUAUGAUUCGUUGUCCACUUCAUAUUUUCUUAUCAUUGUAUCUUUAAUAUUUGUAUGUUUGGGAUGCAUUAAAAAUCACAUGUGAUCAA